AUGUCCGAACAACAGCACUCUCAUUCUCACGACCAUUCUCAUGGUCAUGACCACUCUCAUUCCGGUCCUGCUCAUCUGUUCCAGGCCACCUCGCCAGAUGAUCAACCACCUGAUGAUUGGAAAGAGAGUGGUGUUCGAGUGAUUCCCGCAGGCAGUCUAGAUACCAACACACCUCAAACUCCAGGUAUGAACCGUGCCGCUGCGAUCACGAAUGCACGUGUCGGGGCGCAGAGACUCUGGGCCGGCACGGUCAAAAUACAUGCCAACGCCAAGACUGGAGCUCAUCACCACGGCCAUCUAGAAAGCGUGAUCUAUGUCGUCAAGGGCAAGGCGCGAAUGAGAUGGGGUGACAAGUUGCAGUUUACCGCGGAGGCUGGGCCUGGCGACUUCAUCUACGUACCACCAUACGUGCCACAUCAGGAAAUCAACGCGAUGGAGCACGAGGAGCUGGAAUGCGUCCUGAUGAGGAGUGAUGACUCGGCCAUCGCUGUAAACAUCCCAGACCUCGUCCCGGUGGAAGAUCCUGAACAAGUGAAGUGGGUGGAUCCCACACAUCCCACCGGAGGAGUGUGA